AUGGCGAAGGACCUCGAGAUCAUGGGUCCAGUGCGGACGACUCUGCGCGACCCUCGAACGUUCGCUACCUGGGCGACGACGACGGAGGUGGACCCCUCGGCGUUCGGUGGCAGAUCAUGGGAGUCGGGACGGCAAGCGUUCGCGCACCACGCUUCCGACGGGGCCGGAGACGGGCAUCCAGAGCAAGCGUUCGCGCACCACGACUCCAACGGGGAAGCGUUCGUGCACGACGCCUCCGACGGGGCCGGAGACGGGCAUCCAGAGGGCAAGCGUUCGCGCACCACGCCUCCGACGGGGUCGGAGAUGGGCAUCCAGAGGGCAAGCGUUCGCGCACCACGCCUCCAACGGGGCCGGAGACGGGCAUCCAGAGGGCAAGCGUUCGUGCACGACGCCUCCGACGGGGCUGGAGACGGGCAUCCAGAGGGCAAGCGUUCGCGCACCACGCCUCCGACGGGGUCGGAGAUGGGCAUCCGCAGCAAGCGCUCGCGCAGCAGGCCUCCAACGGGGCUGGAGACGGGCAGUCACGCCUCCGACAGGGCCAGAGACGGGCAGCCAGAGGGCAAACGUUCGUGCGCCUCCGACGUGGCCGGAGACGGGCAUCCAGAGAGCUCCCUGGCCACCACCGCCGGCCACGAGGCCCUCGUCACCUGGGACGAGUUCCGGGGCCUCUUCGCCGAGCCGCCGCGCGGGCCGCUCUCCCUGGACGGGAGUCCGAAGGCUUGGAGCCAUGACGGUGUCGCUGUCGAGGUCAGGUCCAGGCGGAGUUCGCAGAGCUCCCUGAGGCCCUCGCAGAGCAUCUCGCCGAGGGCGGCGCUCACGACGUACUGCCGUCUCUCCGCGCAGAGGCCUUGUUCCCUCGUUUGCGUCUACACGGUGAUCCUGAUCAUCUUGUUGGCAGCGUUCCAGCGAGAGGUGAUAAUUAAGAGCGACUUCUCGUCGUUCAUCCGCGCAGACGGCGACUGUUUGAGAAGGAUGGACGCCUACUCGCUGGCCCUGGCGGAGAGGAAGAGGACCAGCAGGAGGCUCGCCGGCUCGCUGGUCCUGGAGAGGCAUCUGUCCCUUUACUACGAGCCGCUGGACGGGGGCGACGUGCUCAACUCCCGCGCGCUCCGCGAGGUGAAGAACUUCGAGGCCGCCCUGACGGCGCUGCCGGGCUGGAAGCGCAUGUGCGAGUCGAGGGUGCCCGAGCCGCACCAGUGGCUGUGCACCCGCGGGGAGUCCUUGCUGAGUUAUGUGUCUGCCGACAUCGUGAAAGCAGGCGAAUCUGGCGCACAGUGGUACAGUCUGGUGCCCGACGGCCAGGGUAUCGACAUGCUUUCGAUUCCCGCCGUGAUUGCCAUGAUGGAUCAUUGGACUUGCGUGCCGUCCGUGUUCUCGAAUUGCGAGGCGAACCUGCUGGACCUGCACAGGUUCCUGCCCGCGGACUUCGAGGCUCCGGCCGCGGGCUCGGCCCCGGCGGCCGCGGGGGGCCUGAAGUCGGCCUACGUCUUCAGGCUCAAGGUGACCGGCCUGACCGACGGGUCGACGCAGGGCAGCAUCAUGGCAGAGUAUGAGGAGCUGUUCGCGAGCGAGGUCUACCCGUUCCUCACCGAGACCCCCUUGCAGCACGUCCGCGUCUUCUUUGACGGGGACACCGUCGAGGGCCACGAGGUGAGUCUGACCCUCCGGAAUGACGCCAUGUGGGCCCUCGGCUCCACCGCGAUGGUGCUGUUCUUCCUGUGGCUCCACACGCGGAGCGUGGUGGUAAGCCUUUCUGUGUUGCUGGUGAUGAUGCUCGCGCUGCCACUUGCGUACGUCCUGACGCCGGUGUCGAUUACGAGCGCCUCCUUCCUUGCGAUCUUCUUGACCAUCGGAAUUGGGAGUGACGUCGUGUUCGUGUUCCAGGACUUCUGGACCCAGUCCGAGGAUCAGGUGCAGGACGAGGUCCGCGACAAGGUCUGCGCCCCAUCGUUCGACGCGAGGCUCAUCAGGAGACUCGAGCUCACGCUGCCCGCGGCUUUCCGGAACUGCCUUGCAGCUAUGUCGACCACUUCUGCAAGCUUCUUGGCGAACAUGGUGAGCGUGCUGCAGCCGCUGCGGGAGUUCGGCCUCUACCUGGGCCUCUGCGUGAUGCUGGCGUUCCUGCUGCUGGUCCUGUACAUGCCGCCGCUGAUGGCGUGGCAGGAGCGGCGCAGGCUCCCCCUCGAGGAGCGGCGGCGGCUCGGCGGAGGUGAGGACUUGGAGAAGCUGUCCGCCAUCGUCCCGUUCGAACCUGGGUCGGCGGCCGCACCUGAGACGAAGCUCACGCCAGAGCCCGCCGUGGAGCCGGAGCCCGACGCCGAGCCCCGCCCGCAGCACAGGUCCUCGCGGCGGCCCGGCCUGACCAGUCGGCUCUUCCGGAGGCUCCCGGUGUCGAUCGUGCUGCGCGUCCAGCGGUGCCCCGUCGCCGUUGUCGUAGUCUGGACUUUGUGUGUGCUGACGUUCUGCAUCCUCACCGGCAUCAACAUGGAUGUGGCCAAAGGGGUCCCGGACUUCUUCCCCAAGGGCCACAACCAGCGAGAAAUUGCGAGGAUGAUGGACAUGUUUGUGAGCACAGAGCCGUUGGGCCUCUCAAUCUCUCCGCCGAGUUCCCUGCGCGUGUGCGAGGCGGAGCCGCCGUCGAGCGCCUUGUCGCAGAGCUACUGCGACCUGCACUGGUGCCGCAGGGACGCCGCCGGCGCGCCGCCGGACCUCGUCACGGCCGGCGGGAUCGGGCAGUGUCGGACCAGGCUUGUAGGCGGACAGACGUUGGCGGUGGACGAGUCGCGGUGGGAUUUCUCUUCCUGCAGCCAGGUGGCCGUGUCGGGCCGCGCGGUGAGCUUCUUCCAGAACGCGUCCGAGAGUUGGGCGGCCUUCUGGGAGUCUGCAGCCUCGAGCAUGGUCGGCAUCUCCUCGGUCUCGGUCUCCUCCGUGCCCGGCUCGGACUUGCCCCCGCUGGUGUUGGAGAGUUGGGUCAGCGGCAGUGUCGACAUCGCCCACCUCGUGAGGAUGCCCUCGUAUGGGGUCAUGCUCAGCCUGGCGGAGCCGGGCAGCGAGAGUUGCGUGCUAGAGGCGCUGUGCUCCUUCGGUGUGCCGCCGUGCGAGCAAGACGAUGGCUGGCUGCAUCUGGUCGAGGGCUGCGCCGAUUUUAAUGGCAGUUACUUCGACGGCGCGGCUACGAUGUGGAUCCAGCAGGCGGCGACGUGCACCUUCACCGGUACGUGGCAAGGCUCUGCCCUCUCUGGCAGCAUCGCCGGCGGGACCAUGACCAUCAUGGAGCAUCCGUGGGGCACCAACGUGGUCGUCGGCCAGCUGGUGGGCGGGUCCGACAUCGAGCUGUCGUCUGGCCAUCUUCCUGGGUGGGCGCGAGGCGGAUGGGGGCCGCCGCGGAGACGGCGCCGUCGAGGCAGCGCCCGUCCGAGCCGUGGGAUGUGGCGCACAAGCCGCCGCUGCAUGGGCGGGCGCUGUCCGUGUCCGCGGCGGCGCAGGUUCCGCCAAGCAAGCGGAUCGCCAUCUCGGUCGUCUGGGGCCUCCGCGCGGCGUGGCGCACGCCGAUCGUGGGGACGCUGGCGGAGGAGGAGAUCUGGAGCUUCGACCCUACGUUCGACGCCAGUGACCCCUGGGCGCAGCGGACGCUGCACUCCAUGUGCGAGCAGGCGAACUUCCCGAGCGAGCUGGCCAUCCUGCCAGGAGCGCAGGGGAGCUACUGCUUCGCGCAGAAGUUCAAGCAGUACCUCGGGAGCCGGGCUGAGAGGUUCCCCUCCCGGUCCUUCGGGACCGACGUCUACCAGUUCUGGCGGAGCAACCUGCUGA